GAAGUGUGCAGUGAUAAAGUGAAUUUGUGUUACAAAAUAUUAAAAAAAAAAAUUGAAGUUAUAGGCACUUGUUUUGUUUGAACAACAAACAAAUCUUUGUGCAAAUUAAUCGAGUAUCGUACUAUCUUGUUUGGCAAACAAACAAAUUAUUGUGCUGUGCUCAAAUAUUUGUACCAAUAUUGGAUCAAAUAUGGCUCCACCAUUCGGAUAUCCGAACUAUGAUUUUGUAGAAGACAGUACAGAAAAUGAAAAUAACGUCGAAGAUGAUAACGUCGGAUACCCUGAAAUGAUGUUUUGGUACACGAUCGUAAUGGUUGCGAUGUUACUUCUUUGGCUACUGAUAUUCUUCUGCCUAAGGAUUAUUUCACUAAGUCAAAAAACUCGCAAUCCGCAGCAGAGGCGGCAAUACAUGGGGUCUCGGUCGCGUACGUCGCUGCCUCAGCCCGACCCUACCAUAUAUGUUAGCCCUGCCAAUUUACCCCCACCACCAAAAUAUGAGGCCAUGGCACCGCCCAGCUACGAAGAAGUGGUCGGUAUUCACUAUCCCAACUACCAACCGCCAAUGCAGCCAAUCGCACAGCCCAUAGCAACCGCUAUGGCACAGAACGCUAGUGCCAAUGUUGACACCGAAGCUGCAACAGAUAGAGACAAUGAAAAUCCAUCAAACACACAAACAACACUAACAGUUACCAACGAAAGGACCAAUACCGCUGUAGUGGCUGUCAGCUCAUGAUGUGAUCGCUUUUGACUUUGACAGAUGUCACUUAUAAGCCAAAGAUUAAAAACUACGCAUAGAGUAAACAUCACUUACUUUUUGACAGUGGUAUUUACUUUAAUAUUCAUCUUGUCAAAGCAACGAAAUUAAGAUUUUUUAAGACAAAAUAUUCCAGUGUGAAUAAAGUGAGAUAACGCAUUUUUUUAUAAUUAAUGAAAACGCUAUUAAAAUGAAGAAUAUGUUAACAAAUUAAAUGUAAAAAGACUGUAAAGCUGGGUCCAUUUCUUUUCUGCAGUAUUUAUAAUAUUAAUUGAAUAUACGUCGAUGUUUUUUGAUACUUUACGACAUAAUCAUACACAGACUAAAAAUAGAAAGAAUAAUUUUCAGUCUUCAUUGAGGACGUAAGACUGAUUUUUAUUUUUUUGUUAAAUUACAAUUACGUUUAAAGAAAACA